GGGCGCGCGGCGAUGGGUGCUCCCGGGCUCCGAGCGGCGGCGGCGGCGCUGGGGCUGCUGCUGUGCGCGGGGCUGGGGCGCGCGGGCCCAGCGGGGCGCGGAGGCCACCGGGCGCCCGCGCUGCUCUCGGGCGAUGCUGCUCGGCGCCCGUGCCCAGCCGCCUGCCACUGCCUAGGGGACCUGCUAGACUGCAGCCGCCGCCGGCUGGUUCGCCUUCCCGAUCCUCUCCCGGCCUGGGUCGCACGGCUGGACCUGAGUCACAACAGAUUAUCUUUUAUCCAGACAAGUUCCCUGGACCACCUUCAAAGCCUUCGAGAAGUGAAGCUGAACAACAAUGAACUAGAGACCAUUCCAAACCUGGGACCAGUCUCUGCGAAGGUUACACAGCUCUCCUUGGCUGGGAACAGCAUUGAUGAAAUCCUCCCCGAGCAGCUGGAAGCCUUUCAGUCCCUUGAGGCUUUGGACCUGAGCAACAACAAUAUUUCAGAACUUAGAGCUGCAUUUCCACCCUUACAACUCAAAUAUCUGUUCAUCAACAGCAACCGGGUUAUGUCUAUGGAACCAGGGUAUUUUGACAAUUUGGGGAGCACACUCCUGGUGCUGAAGCUGAACAGGAACCGAAUCUCAUCCAUCCCCGCCAAGAUGUUCAGACUGCCUCAGCUGCAGCACCUUGAACUGAACCGGAACAAGAUUAAGAGUGUGGAUGGACUCACGUUCCAAGGGCUUGGUGCACUGAAGUCUCUGAAAAUGCAAAGAAAUGGAGUAACGAAGCUCAUGGAUGGCGCUUUCUGGGGGCUGAGCAACAUGGAGAUCCUGCAGCUGGACCAUAACAACCUAACCGAGAUUACCAAAGGCUGGCUCUAUGGCUUGCUGACGCUGCGGGAGCUUCAUCUGAGCCAGAAUGCCAUCAGCAGGAUCAGCCCAGAUGCCUGGGAGUUCUGCCAGAAACUCAGUGUGCUAGACCUAACUUUCAACCACUUAUCAAGGCUAGACGAUUCCAGCUUCCUUGGCCUAAGCCUACUAAAUGCCCUCCACAUUGGGGACAACAAAGUCAGCUACAUUGCUGAUUGUGCCUUCCGGGGGCUUUCCAGCUUAAAGACUUUAGAUCUGAAGAACAAUGAAAUUUCAUGGACCAUCGAAGAUAUGAAUGGGGCAUUCUCAGGGCUGGACAAACUGAGGCGCCUAAUACUCCAGGGAAACCGGAUCCGGUCGAUUACCAAAAAGGCCUUCACUGGUUUGGACUCGCUGGAACACCUGGACCUGAGUGACAAUGCAAUCAUGUCUCUGCAAAGCAAUGCUUUUUCCCAAAUGAAGAAACUUCAGCAACUGCAUUUAAACACGUCCAGCCUUUUGUGUGAUUGCCAGCUAAAAUGGCUCCCACAGUGGGUGGCAGAGAACAACUUUCAGAGCUUUGUAAAUGCCAGUUGUGCCCACCCUCAGCUGCUGAAAGGCAGGAGUAUUUUCACCGUCAGCCCAGAUGGCUUUGUGUGCGAUGAUUUUCCCAAACCCCAGAUCACAGUCCAGCCAGAAACACAGUCAGCAAUAAAAGGCUCCAACGUGAGUUUUACCUGCUUGGCUGCCAGCAGUAGCGACUCCCCGAUGACUUUCGCUUGGAAGAAAGACAACGAAGUACUUCAGGACGCUGAAAUGGAGAACUACGCGCACCUCCGGGCCCAGGGAGGAGAGGUGAUGGAGUAUACCACUAUCCUGCGUCUGCGCAGUGUGGAGUUCACCAGCGAAGGGAAAUACCAGUGUGUCAUCUCCAACCACUUCGGUUCAUCGUACUCCGUCAAAGCCAAGCUCACUGUGAAUAUGCUGCCAUCAUUUACCAAGACCCCCAUGGACCUCACCGUCCGAGCUGGGGCCAUGGCCCGCCUGGAGUGUGCUGCCGUGGGACACCCCGCCCCACAGAUAGCCUGGCAGAAGGAUGGAGGCACAGACUUCCCAGCCGCCCGGGAGAGACGGAUGCACGUGAUGCCUGAGGAUGAUGUCUUCUUCAUAGUGGACGUGAAGAUCGAGGACAUUGGGGUGUACAGCUGCACGGCACAGAACAGUGCAGGGAGCAUCUCUGCCAGCGCCACCCUGACAGUGCUAGAGACACCGUCCUUUUUGCGGCCUCUGUUGGACAGAACAGUCACCAAGGGAGAAACGGCGGUCCUGCAGUGCAUCGCGGGCGGGAGCCCGCCCCCCAGGCUCAACUGGACGAAAGACGACAGCCCAUUGGUGGUGACAGAGAGGCACUUCUUCGCAGCAGGCAAUCAGCUGCUGAUCAUUGUGGACUCUGACGUCAGUGACGCCGGCAAGUACACGUGUGAGAUGUCCAACACCGUCGGCACGGAGCGAGGCAACGUUCGCCUCAGCGUGAUUCCCUCUCCUACCUGCGACUCCCCUCACAUGACUGCCCCCUCGCUAGAUGACAAUGGCUGGGCCACCGUGGGCGUCGUCAUCAUAGCCGUGGUUUGCUGUGUGGUGGGCACGUCCCUCGUGUGGGUGGUCAUCAUAUACCACACCAGGCGGAGGAACGAGGACUGCAGCGUUACCAACACAGAUGAGACCAACUUGCCAGCCGAUAUCCCCAGUUAUCUCUCCUCUCAGGGAACAUUAGCUGACAGACAGGACGGGUAUGUCUCCUCAGAAAGUGGAAGUCACCACCAGUUCAUCACUUCCUCAGGAGGCGGAUUUUUCUUACCACAACAUGAUGGAGCUGGGGCCUGCCAUAUUGACAACAGCAGUGAGGCUGAUGUGGAAGCUACCCCUGAUCCCUUCCUAUGCCCAUUUGUGGGUUCCACAGGCCCUGUGUACUUGAAGGGGAAUGUUUACGGACCAGAUCCAUUUGAAGUUUAUCUUCCAGGUUGCAGCUCUGACCCCAGGAUAGCUUUAAUGGACCACUAUGAGCCUAGCUACAUGAAGAAGGACUGCUUCCCCUGUGCCCACCCCUCAGAGGAGCCCUGUGAACGGAGCCUCAGUAGCAUCCCAUGGCCACACCCGAGAAAGCUCAUGAACUCCACCUACUCCCAGAAUGAGGGACCUGCGAUUCAGACUGUAUGUCUACACAAGUCCUCUUUGGAUUUUAGUACAAGUCUGGAACCAGGAUCAGUUGCUUCAAGCAACUCUUUCAUGGGUACUUUUGGAAAACCUCUGAGGAGGCCGCACCUGGAUGCCUUCUCAAGCUUUGCACAACCACCAGAGAGUCAGCCAAGACCCUUUCACGGGAAGUUCUCCACACCCGGGUUGGACUCUGAGUCAGAGGAAGAUGAGAAACAAAGGACAGAUUUUCAGGAAGAAAAUCACAGGUGUACUUACCAACAGACGUUGGGCACUCACAGGACUCCAGACUGCCAGCCUUGUGACGUGGACACAUAGACUGGACGGGGCUGCAGCGAAGCUCCCGCAUACUACCUCACCUGGGCUUCUAUUUAAAAGAGACAGAACCCUAUGUUUUUAAAUGGACUUACAUGGUUUUAAAAGGAAAAAAUGCUUUAUUUAUAUAGAUGAACCAAAAUUACAAAAAAAGUUAUAAAAAUUUUAUACUGGGAAUAACUUUCAUAUAAAAAAGGUGUUUUUAAAAGUAUUUUAUAACUUUGUUUUAUAUGAAAAAUAUCUUAUGUAAAUUAAUGGUAUAAAUCCAUGACUAUUUUAUGUAUUUUUAUAAAGCCAGAUUUCUUUUUAUUGAGAACGAGUACUGAAGCCUUUUACAUAAUCCCGUCUUAUACCUUUUUUGAAUAGAGGUCACUUCGUUCUAUUUUGCACAUUACAUUUAAUAAAAUGUGUCAUUUGGUGCCAAGCCCCAUUUAUACAAUAA